CAGGCAACCCUGCACGUGACGCUGGCGGAGGAAGGCUAGAGAGAGGCGCGGGACGACGUCUAGGGAAUAGAAAGGUACCGGCUGCUCCUUCCUGACAAUUUGGUAUGUGCUGCAAGGGGAGGGUCCUCAUCAUCUGGCCCCAGUGGUGUAAUGAGCUGACUGGGAUUCAGUCACUGACUCGGAGCCGCUCCGGGAAAGUCCUGGUGGGGAGGUUCCGAGGCGCCUGGUCCCGUUUCUCGGCAGUCAGGCCAGGAGGGGGUGGGGAAGGUGCGAACAGCCAGGGGCUCGGAGGUUGCGCCCUGCGCCCCGCGCCCCACCCAGGUUGCGGCCGCCGGGGGAGGAAGCACGUAUAGGUUGAGUGCAAAGUUUCCUUUUUUGCUUUCUCGUCAGAGCAGCCCACACAGGCGGUGGGUGGGAAUGCCUCACUUCAGUUUGAAGAGGGUCCGGAGCCAAAGGGGUUAAAACAAGCGACUCCCCCACUUCCCGCCUCCCUAAAACGCACGCCCCGCUAGCCAUGGGCAGCCGCGACCACCUGUUCAAAGUUCUGGUGGUGGGGGACGCCGCAGUGGGCAAGACGUCGCUGGUGCAGCGAUAUUCCCAGGACAGCUUCAGCAAACACUACAAGUCCACGGUGGGAGUGGAUUUUGCUCUGAAGGUUCUCCAGUGGUCUGACUCCGAGAUAGUGCGACUUCAGCUGUGGGAUAUUGCAGGGCAGGAGCGCUUCACCUCUAUGACACGACUGUAUUAUCGGGAUGCCUCUGCCUGUGUUAUUAUGUUUGACGUUACCAAUGCCACUACCUUCAGCAACAGCCAGAGGUGGAAACAGGACCUAGACAGCAAGCUCACACUACCCAAUGGAGAGCUGGUGCCCUGCCUGCUCUUGGCCAACAAGGUAUGUGGCCAAUCUCAGAAAAUGGUCCCUAGCCUGCCGGGCGCCGUGGCUCACACCUUCUUUCUAAGAUACGACCCCAGACGAAUCUGCAACUCUGGAGUGGAAGCCAGGGGGCGGGCUAAGCAGCGACCAUUUUUGUUUUGCGGCCGUGCGCUCUCAGAGCAUCUUGACUAA